AUGAAUCUACUCGCCGGCUAUUCCGAUUCAGAAUCCGAUGGCGAAGCGCCGUCCGCGCCGAAAAUAGUGGCGAAACCCACUGCCAAACCCGCCUUCCAAAAAGUCGUCGAUCGCUCCAACCCAGGACGGAUCAAGGUCAACCUCCCAGGCGCGUCGCAGUCGCGAUCGGAGAAAGACGAUAUCCAAGAUGAUGCGCCACCGUCGAAGAAGCCGCGCCUGGGCGGGGGCUCGUCAUUUGGUGGCUUCAACGCAAUGCUACCCGCGCCAAAGAAACCAAAUGUAAACGCCAUCACAGCAUCCGAGGGUUCAAAGACGGGAAGCAGAGGACUGGGGAAAGGACUCGCAUCUGGAAUAAAUCUAAAGACUGGCGCGGAGCCCGCGUUCAAGAGGGAGUCAAAAGUGGAGGCUGAGGAGUAUGACGAGACUGGCAACCCGAUAAAGAAGGAACCUAUGAAGAGGGAAGACUUUCGCGCAAUGCUCAACUUGCCAACACCCAAAUCCGAGACAAAGACAGAAAACAAGCCUCAGAUAACGGAACCUGAGCCACAGCAGGUAUCUAAGCCAGCGACGCCACGCUUUGUACCUAUGUCUGUCGGCAAAGGAAAGAAAAAGAAACCCACAGCACCUCGACCAGCAGCCGCAACGAGCGAGACGAUCACCGCGACGAACACAAGAACAUCUACGCCGCAAUCGCAACAACCACCUCCUGAAACCAAGCCGCGCAAACCCAAGGUCUCUCUCUUCAGCGUCUCCAAUGAAGCAGAAAGCAUGCCUAAAGAGACGUCAGAUGUGAACUAUCAGCCACUACUCUACGGUGUGGAAGAAGGAGGGGAAGUCGCCCCGACAGAGGGCGUCUAUGACAUGCCCCCGGCAAAUCAGUAUACACAGUACCCUCCUCCCUCAACCGGUGGACAGGAUCCGAAUAACCUUACCAAUAUUGCUUCCGAGUUAAACCUGUCAGAAGCAGAGCGCCGACAACUUUUCGGCAAGAAAGGACGCGGUGGUCCAGACUUCUCUGGUGCCAAAAUCCAGGAUUUCAACACAGAUAUGGAGUACGCGCAUAAUGAGAAGCUGCGACAACAGGGCGAAUCAGUACAGCAUAAUCCGCUCAAAUCUAUAUCUGGAACUGGAAAGAACAGUCUUCGCAGCCUGGUCAACGUCGCGACGACUCAGAAAGAUGCACUGGAGGACCAUUUUGCUGCCGGUGCUCGCAACAAGAGAGAAGCAGGCAAUCGAUACGGCUGGUAA